CACGACGACCAGAACCACUCCACUCCACCCCUUGCUCACCUCCGCGACCCGGACCAAUGGCGACGCCAACGGCCUCAUCCAACUUACCCCUCGCCACCGCCACCGCCACCGCCUCCGCCUCCGUCUCCACCUCGUUCCCCAACCGAUUCCUCCGCACGCCGUGCACGCUCCGGCGCCGCUCUUGGCCCCGCCUGCGACUGCGUGCGGGCUCCGUCAAGGAGUGGCGCGAGUUCGAGGACGACGCGGGCACCGUCAAGGAGUGGCGGGAGUUCGAGGACGCCGUCAGGAGGAAGGACCUCCCCCGCGCUCUCCGCUUCCUGCAGUCCGUGGAGCCCGCGGCGGCGGCAGCGCCGGGGGGGACCGCGGCGGUGCAGGUCGCGGUCCCCGUGCCGCCGGGGCGGGACUGGGAGGUGCUCGACGCCUGCAUCGACUCCGACGACAUGCGCCUCGUCGGCCGGGCGUACCAGUUCCUCGUCGACCGGGGUGUCCUCGCCAGCUUCGGAAUGUGCAAGAACAUCGUUCUGGAAGGGCCAAGAGAAGUGACACCAACAGUUUUGAAGGAGAUGACCGGUUUGGAAGCUGAAAAACUUGCGCCAAAGAAAUGGGGUCUGUCUGGAAGUUCUCCGUAUGUUCUCGUUGGAUUUCUUGGAGGUGUAUCUUUUCUACUGACACAAGGGGUUGAUCUACGGCCUAAAUUGGGUGCUGUAUUGGGAUUAGCAACAGCCGAUGCAUUGUUUCUUGGUGGUACCUGUCUCGCUCAAAUCUCAUGUUUCUGGCCUCCAUAUAAACGUCGGAUCCUUGUACAUGAAGCAGGGCAUCUUCUUACUGCCUAUCUAAUGGGCUGCCCGAUACGAGGAGUCAUUUUGGAUCCAUUUGUGGCAUUGCGAAUGGGCAUCCAGGGCCAGGCAGGGACUCAGUUCUGGGAUGAAAAGAUGGAAAAAGAACUAGCCGAGGGUCAUCUAUCAAGUACUGCAUUUGACAGGUACUGUAUGAUUCUGUUUGCCGGAACUGCUGCUGAAGCACUUGUUUAUGGGGAGGCAGAAGGUGGAGAAAAUGACGAGAACUUAUUCAGGAGUUUGUGCAUUCUACUGAACCCACCGCUUUCUGUUGCACAGAUGGCAAACCGAGCUCGUUGGUCAGUCAUGCAAUCUUAUAACCUCCUGAAGUGGCACAAGAAAGCUCAUAGAGCUGCAGUCAAAGCACUUGAAGACGGGCAUAGUCUCAGCAUUGUAAUCAGAAGGAUAGAAGAAGCCAUCGCCUCUGAAAGAAAAUACGACAAUUAAUCCUUUACAUGUGUUCCUGCCAAUCAAUCCUUGGCACCUUUCACAAGAUGCAGAGAAGGGCUUCCAUACUUUGCACAGAGUUUUUUUUUCUUUUUUUUUAAGGUAAAGCACAAAGGGAGGGUUAGUGUCAUAGUGUAUACUGGAACAGAAAUGACGCUUUUGAAAGGAAGGCGACCGAUCCUUGAAGUUAAUAGUGUAGUGGAGAGUGGAGACCUGAGCAUAUGAUGGACGGACUAAAUCUACUGAUGCAUUCGUUGGAGAUUCCAAGGAACUCAAAAGUUAUUGAACCCUUGAUGAGUAUGUAAAGUGUAAACAGGUAGGCAUAGAGAUAAACAAUGGAGCACAUUAUACAUGCGCCCUCAGCGCACAGGAAUGGAUGACUAUUGGCCACCUUCUAGGGGCUACUCCCGGUA